AUGUCUAUGCCCAUGUCUGAUAUGUCCAUGCUGGCGGUCAGGCAACUCAUGCCAGUUAUGCUGCUUAUGCCAGUUAUGUUGCUCAUGUCAGUCAUGCUGCUCAUGCUCAUAUCCCAGAGUCUGCCAAAUGGCGCUGGUCCCGCCCGUAUACCAUACUUGGACGGGGUGAGCCCACUGCGAACAGUGGGGGCACUGGACGAUAGGAACAGCCCGCCUGAAGGACGAUGUUCCGGCUGCACGCACGUGGCUGCAUGGCUCUCCCAUUUCACUCGUGGCAAUGGCAGGGUGUUUUUCAUACUAGGCCCCAACCCAUUCGAAGUGAUUUUCAAAAAUCAGACUCCACCCUGA